CAGAGGAGUUAAGUUGAUCUAGGGAGGGGAUAAAGCAGCGUAUAAAUGAGAAGAGAGGAGUGUAUUCAAGUGCUAUGGAGGGCAGUAACUGUUGCUGUGACUUUUAAAAGCCUUCAAGGAAAUUCCAUGGAAUUGCACUGAAAGAGACUCUUGGGAUGCCGCUCUCUGGAUUAAAGUUUGGAAAGAAGAAAUGGAAAGAGGAAGAGAGGCACCUUCAGGCAAACAACCGGGACUUUAAUCUGGAGUUCGAAUAUGCUAACAAUUCAAUUAAAACGUCGAAAUACAAUUUCUUCACUUUCCUGCCUCUCAACCUGUUUGAGCAGUUUCAGCGAAUAGCCAAUGCCUAUUUUUUGUUCCUGCUGAUUCUGCAGCUCAUUCCUCAGGUUUCCUCCUUGUCUUGGUUUACAACAGUGGUGCCGCUGGUGCUGGUGCUGACCGUGUCGGGUGUCAAGGAUGCCAUCGAUGAUUUUAAUCGACACAAAAGUGACAAUCAUGUCAAUAACCGUCCCGUCCAGGUGCUGAAUAAUGGCAGAUUGAAGGACGAUAAAUGGAUGAAUAUCCAAGUGGGAGACAUCAUAAAACUAGAGAACAACAACUUUGUGACGGCAGAUUUACUGCUACUCUCAAGCAGUGAGCCGCACAGCCUGACGUACAUCGAGACGGCUGAACUGGAUGGGGAAACCAACCUCAAAGUGAAGCAGGCACUGACGGUCACUGCGGAGCUGGGAGAGAACCUUCAGAAACUGACUGAUUUCAACGGUGAAAUCAAAUGUGAGGCACCGAAUAACAAACUGGAUAAGUUCACGGGGACUCUUACUCUCCACGGGGAGAAAUUUGCCCUGGACAAUGAGAAGAUGCUGCUGAGGGGCUGCACCAUUAGGAACACAGAAUGGUGCUUUGGGCUUGUUAUUUAUGCUGGGCCAGACACCAAAUUAAUGCAGAACUGUGGGAAAACAACCUUUAAACGGACCAGCAUUGAUCGGCUAAUGAAUGUCCUCGUGUUAGUGAUUUUUGCAUUUUUAGCCCUGAUGUGUUUCAUCCUGGCCAUUGGAAACGGCAUCUGGGAACACGACAAGGGCUAUUACUUCCAAGUCUACCUGCCCUGGGCAGAUGGCGUAACCUCAGCUCCCUACUCUGGGUUCCUCAUGUUCUGGUCUUACGUGAUCAUUUUGAACACCGUGGUGCCGAUUUCACUCUACGUCAGUGUAGAGAUUAUACGCCUGGGCAACAGCUUCUACAUUGACUGGGACCGUAAAAUGUAUUACCCGCUGAAUGAUACGCCAGCCCAGGCCCGCACCACCACCCUCAAUGAAGAGCUGGGACAAAUCAAGUACAUCUUCUCGGACAAAACAGGAACUCUCACUCAGAACAUCAUGGCUUUCAACAAGUGCUCCAUUAAUGGGAAAUCCUAUGGUACGAACAUCUCUGAUCUUCCUCCCUCCUCACCUUUGCAGCACACAGAGAAGGUCGAUUUCUCGUACAACCAACUGGCCGACCCAAAGUUCAUGUUCUACGACCACAGCCUGGUGGAAGCCGUGAAGCUGGACGAUGCCGCGACACAUGGGUUUUUCCGGUUACUCUCGCUGUGUCACACUGUGAUGCCAGAAGAGAAGAAGGCAGGUAACCUGGUGUAUCAGGCCCAGUCUCCGGACGAAGGAGCCCUGGUCACUGCCGCCCGAAACUUUGGCUUUGUGUUUCGUGCGCGGACCCCCGAGACCAUCACUGUGGUGGAAAUGGGAGAAACAAAGGUCUACGAGCUCCUGGCUAUUCUGGACUUCAACAACGUGCGCAAAAGGAUGUCUGUCAUCGUGCGAAGUCCGGAAGGUGACCUGACCUUGUAUUGCAAGGGCGCUGACACCAUUGUCUAUGAACUGCUGGAUGCUUCCUAUGAAUCCCUCAAGGAAGAGACCAUGGAACACUUGAAUGAGUUUGCAGGUGAAGGCUUGAGGACACUGGUUGUGGCCUACAAAAACCUGCAGGAAGACUACUUUGAGGAGUGGCACAAACGUCACCAUGAAGCAAGCACUGCCCUGGAUGGACGGGAAGAGAAGUUAUCUGAGUUAUAUGAAGAGAUUGAAAAAGACUUAAUGCUGCUAGGUGCCACGGCUAUCGAGGACAAGUUACAAGAUGGAGUCCCCCAGACGAUUGAAACCCUGGCCAAAGCCCACAUUAAAAUCUGGGUUCUUACUGGAGACAAGCAAGAGACUGCCGUGAACAUUGGCUACUCCUGUAACAUGCUGCAUGAUGACAUGAAGGAUGUUUUCAUUAUUGAAGGCCACACCUCUGAGGCCGUGUUAGAUGAACUCAGGACUGCAAGGAAGAAAAUGAAUCCGGAUUCCUUCCUGGACAGUGAUGAAAUUAACAUCAAGUUUGAAAACCCUUCCAUGAAGUCAAGGAUCUUACCUGAAGAGCAAGCGAAUGGGGUGUAUGGCCUGGUUAUUAACGGCCAUAGCUUGGCUUACGCACUGGAAGGGAACUUGGAGCUUGAGCUGGUGAGAACAGCCUGCAUGUGCAAAGUGGUGAUCUGCUGCCGGGUGACCCCCCUGCAGAAAGCCCAGGUGGUGGAGCUGGUGAAGAAGUACAAGAAGGCCGUGACCCUGGCGAUCGGUGAUGGGGCAAAUGAUGUCAGCAUGAUCAAAACUGCCCACAUUGGGGUCGGUAUCAGCGGCCAGGAGGGGAUGCAGGCUGUGCUGUCCAGCGACUUUUCCUUCGCACAGUUCCGUUACCUGCAGCGCCUGCUCUUAGUCCACGGGCGAUGGUCCUACAUCCGCAUGUGCAAGUUCCUCAGAUACUUCUUCUAUAAGAACUUUGCCUUCACGUUAGUUCAUUUCUGGUAUGGAUUCUUCUCCGGCUUCUCUGCACAGACUGUGUAUGAUCAGUGGUUCAUCACCCUCUACAAUUUGGUGUAUACCUCCCUCCCGGUGCUAGGAAUGAGCCUCUUCGACCAGGACGUGGAUGACCGCUGGAGCAUGCAGUUCCCUCACCUCUAUGAACCCGGGCAGCAGAAUCUCUACUUCAACAAGAUCGAGUUUGUCAAGUGUGUGCUGCACGGGAUCUACAGCUCCCUCAUUCUCUUCUUCAUCCCCUAUGGGGCCAUGUACGACGCCGUGAGAAGCGAUGGGAAAGCCAUUGCUGACUACCAGUCCUUCGCACUGAUGGCCCAGACCUGCCUGCUGAUCGUGGUCUCUGUGCAAAUUGGCUUGGACACUGCCUACUGGACAGCUGUGAACCAGUUUUUCAUCUGGGGCAGCCUUUCCGUUUACUUUGCCAUCAUCUUCACCAUGUACAGUGACGGCAUGUACCUGAUCUUCACAGCCUCCUUCCCUUUCAUUGGGACAGCUCGAAACACCCUCAGUCAACCCAAUGUGUGGCUGGCGAUCUUCCUCAGCAUCAUCCUGUGUGUGCUGCCGGUGGUUGGCGGUCGGUUUCUGAAGGCUCAGCUAAUGCCGACCGUCAGUGACAAAGUCCUACGCAAGAUCAGAGCGGCCAAGAAGCGGCCGCCGCCUCCCUUGCCCAAGACACGCUUGCGCCGUACCAGCACCCGUCGCUCCGGCUACGCCUUCUCCCAUCAGCACGGCUUCGGCGCGCUCAUUAUGUCUGGGAGAAACAUGCGGCCUAAACUGCCUUUCACCACAACAGGGACGUUUUCACCCAAUAGUGAGAAAAACAAACACAAGUGAAUGAAAGAAUCAGGGCAGCCAGAAAGGAAACUGAUCUGCACAGCGUCCCAGCCCGCACCUGCCCAGGACUGCCCUGUCAGCUACUCCAAGGAGGACUCAGGCCUUCUCUUUCCACCCAGGCACUCGCUCUAACUCCGGCUCCUGCUCUGAAGGGCACGCGCUGCUCCCAGGGAGGCAGGGGAAGGGUGGAAAGAACAGGAUGAAUCAAAGUUCUUAACUGUGUGGCAUUGACAAGUGGAGAGCGGCAAGCGCAGAGCAGACCAACCCCCACAUCCCUCCGUGGCCUGAGAGAGAGAACAUGCAGGGGAACGCCUGCUCCAUGCACCAAGAUCAUCCGUGAUGCCACUGCUUCAUCCCCUCAACCCCAUACCGCCGAGCACAGCGAUGUCAGGGCGGAGGGAGGGCAGAGCUGUAUACGCUCAUCCCAUCCACAAGACUUGUUUCUGCCGUGAGCUAUGCCGUGAAACAUUCAGAGCUGUAUUUGUCCCGGGGAUAACUCCACUGACCCCAGGGGGACGGGCCCAGUGCCUCGAACCCAAAUCUUUGCAAUCUAAGUAAUUGUGCGGCCAUUUGUCCAU